GUAGCAGCUAAUCAGUUAGCCGCGGCUAAAAGCGCGAACACUGCUGUGAAGUCAUCAACCCGCGCGUGCACGCACUGACACACGCGCGCAGACCCCUGCGGAGGCGCGUGUCACCGCACAGAGCGGGCUCGCGCCUGUUUCGGGACUUGUUUUUCAUGUUAGCUGCACGCUAGCUACUUCCUGCAUGUUAGCGGCUAACGGAGGAGCUAACUGUUUACCAGCAGGUCUGAUAAUUAUUCAUGACGGCGAGCUGUGAUUGGUGCAGCCGGCGACAGGGGCGGGGCUAGAGAGAGGCGGCCUCUUCCUGCAGACCACAGUCACUGUGAUUGGCUUAUCUACAAUGAUGUCACUGGACAAAGAGACUGUUCUCCCUCCUGAGGUCAGCCCCGCCUUCCCGGCCCCUGUCAGCCUAUCAGAACAGUCCCAGGUGGCCAAGACCCGCCCUCUCCGUCCUAAGAAUGGUCUCCAGUUGCCUGGCAACAGUCAGCCCCCCCUCCCAUCUGCUCUGCCCACUCAGCGAAUCACAAAGAGGCGGUACUCUGUGGGAGUCGGCUUCAAGGGGCUGGCAAAGCGCCGCCGCCGCGCCAACAGUGACAGCCAAUCAGAGCCCGUGCUGCCGAGUCACUUCCUGUUGGGCGGAAACAUCUUUGACCCGCUGAACCUGAACUCGCUGCUGGACGAAGACGUCAACAGGGCGACAAAUCAGCAGACACCGAAGUGCUCGCCCCUGCCGUCGCGGGGCGGAGACCCCGUAGAGAUCCUGGUUCCCCGUGACAUCACAGACCCCCUGAACCUGAAAGGAGGGGGCGGGGACGGCGAGAGGGGAGGAGGCGUCCUGCUGUCCCCCCUGAAGACCAGGAGGAGACACCGCAACAGACACCACGGAGGAGGAGGAGGAGGAGGAGCAGAGAGGGAGGCGCUACCUGCCCGACUGUUCCCCUCCACAGCUCCACCCACAGUUCCUCUGCUGACCAGAGAGGGCAGCGUGCCAGCCUCUCCUCUCCCCUGUGAACUCAACACGGCCAUCACCUGUCGGGAUGACGUAGCCCCGCCCCCUAUCCUCCCCAGGAGACACACCCACCCUCCACCAGGCCAUGCCCACAAGCCCGGUAACCAGGGAGACGGCCGCCAACGGAGACGGCGGCGCACAACCUCGACAAGGUCGGCAGACUGCGCCGCAGACACUGUUACCACGGCCGUCACUGUUCAGCCAACCAAAUUCCAGACACCGCUGGUAGGCGGGGCUAAAGCCGGCAGGUUUGGAGGACCUCGGCUCGGUUCCGCCCAGCCGCCACAGAAGAAGGAGAAACACCGCUACCAACACGGCAACCACAGCCGUUACUAUGGUUACCAUGGUUUCUACAGCGACAGGUGGGAAGGGCGUGUCGGGCCGGAGGAGGACCCGCGGCUUCGCCUCCUGGAAGCCGAUUGGUUCAGAGACAAGAAGGUGCUGGACGUGGGCUGCAGCGCCGGUCACCUGACGCUGGGCAUCGCCCGCAAGUUCGACCCCACCCACAUCCUGGGGGUGGAGCUAGACCCGCGAUUGGUCCAUGCCGCCAAGCAGAACAUCAGGCACUUCCUCUCACAUGACCUGGUGGUAGCGGAGAGGAGCAGUGGCGGGGGGGAGGGGGUGAUGAAGGAGGCGCAGCGGGCUCUGCGCCUCCUCCCCCUUCCCCUCUCCUUCAGGGUGAGCCGAGGCCCCCUCGCUGCUCCGCCCCUCCUCCCCCCGUCCUCGCUGUCCUCCAGGUUCCCCGCCAAUGUCUUCUUCAUCCAGGGGGACUAUGUGUCAGAGCAGGGGGCGUGGCCUGGCCGUGGACAGUAUGAUGUCAUCAUGUGUCUGGGUGUGACCAAAUGGGUGCACCUGCAGUCAGGUGACGGGGGCGUGACCACGCUCUUCAGGCGAGCCUAUCAGAGCCUGUCGUCGGGCGGAUUAUUCAUCCUGGAGCCGCAACCCUGGAGCAGCUACACACACAGCAAGAGAGCCUCGGUAACACACACACAUAUAUAUAUAUAUACACAUACACACACACACAUACACACACA